AUGAGCACCUGCACGGCAAUUUGGUCUUUCUUCCUUUUUGUGGAUACAAAGAUGAGGCUGCUUCUUGUCCUGCUCCUGAUUCUUCUGUUUCAGUUAUGCGAAACAUUGAACUGGAAAAAUUUGCAAAAUGUGCACGUGACAGUGAGAGAGUGUACUCUCUCCUUGAUUGCUCUGAUGGAAGAAGAGGAAACGAUUCGAUUGGGUAAAAGGAACGAUGAGAGGAUGGCCCAAAUUGUGGAAGACAAGAAUGAAGCGAGGCAGACCUUGUACAAAUUGUACUUUUCAAUUCGUCACUUGUUUUCUUCACUAGGGAUAAGGUUUAGGAAGGAGCUGUAUCUGUUUGGGGUGGCGGAAGGAAACGCAGGUGGAGGAAAAAUCGGGAAAAGGGAAAAAAAACAAGUGGAUAAUACAAGCGGAAAGCGUUUCACUGAUGAUAAGUACCUACGAGGUGUAAAAACAGAAAUGGACCUGAAGGAUCUCCUUUGGGAAAUGAUCAAUUACUACAAAAAAAAAUUCAUUCAGGGUAAACCAUCCACAAGUUGCGCAUAUAUCAACCAAAAAAACUCCCUGCGCAAGCAAAUUGAAAUUGUUAGAUAUACCCACAGCUACAUAGCGACAAAGCUAUAUUAUAUAAAUUAUUCAAAAUAUUUCCGACUUUUUUUGGGAAGAGGAACAUACAUGGCUAAUGUCAUCUUUAAUCCUUCCUUGGACAUCAAGGACGAUGUCUAUUCGGGUUUUUACGACAACUACGCUGGAAUGAUAGCGGAUGAACAGCAAAGAGGGGCAACGCAUGGUACGGAAAGUAAGACGAAGGAUGACCCGCAAGAUGGACAAAACGGGAGACAGCCAAUCUGCAGCGACUACAAAAGCAUUUCUGGAGAAAAAUGCACACAGGAGUUUGCUCAAAGUGUAAAAACUAUGUUGCAUAAUUUUGAAGUGUCGCUAGAAGGAUACAUUCAGAGCUCCGUGGUGGAAAUGAAAAAACAAAUGAUACAGGUCGAAGAGCAGCAGGAGGGGAGAAACUACUGCAGAGACUUGAUGAAGGAACUGAAGGAUAAGAGUUACGAUAGAUUAUCGGUGGAAGAAAUUGAGAGAUUUGAACAGUUGGCAAAAAAUUACCUGCAGAAGGAUCUGGACAUGUUAGUGGAAAGGGAGAAAAAAAAAAUGUAUCGAAGGAGAAACUUCUUCGAGAAGUAUUUUUUUUUCAUUAUCGAGAAGAUGCUGCAUGUUAGGCGGAAAGUGGAGACAUCGUUGGAGGCGCUUUCGAGGGAGUUGAGGGGAUCAACGAACAAACCGCCAACUGGGACAAGCGAAAAGCUAACCGCGACAGACAAACCGCUGAUUGAGCCCCUUUCCUUCCGCAAAAGGGGCCCGGGCCAAGUGGAGCUCAUCGUCGGGGCGGAAAUCAAGAGCAUCUUUCAACUGCUCGAUGAGUACAUAAGCAUGUACUCCUUUGUGUAUGAGCACCUAAAGUACUACCACCUAAACGUGAGGGACAUUUUCUCACUGGAUUAUAUUCGAGAAAACUCCAAAGACAACAGAGUCUACAUAGCAGAACAAAUUGCACAACAAAUGGAUGAAUUAAACGGUUCCUUCUUGAAGUACAGAAAUGUGAAAUAUAUAUACGAGCAGUUUGUGGAGAAGGGUAUACGGAAGACAAAUUCCGUGAGCAACCUCAGAAGGGGAGAGUCAAUCGAAGGGCAUGGCAACCAUGUUCCUGAACAGGGUCCCUUCUCUUUACCUAACUUGAGGAAAGAGGACUUACCAGAAUUAUGGGAAUCCACUUGGAACAGAAGGAGCUACUCCUCUUUAAGUGAAGAAGACAAGGAGAAGAAAGAAAAACUGAACGAGGAACUAAUAAAACGGGAAGAUGAAUAUUUAAGAAGGUUGGAAAAUGUUGUGAAGCUUUUAACUCAAUACAAAAAAUUGAAAAAUAAAAAAAUAAAAAUAAAGCACAUUGUAAAUAUAGAAAAAGUAGAAAUGCACCCCAUUUUAUUUAACCUCAAGUUGAGGAAAAAUGAAAUGGUAGGAUUCUACAAAAGCAUUCUCUUUUUCGGAAAAAUAUUCGUUGUAAAAAGGCUUGUAUUAAUUUUAAAAAUGAAGAUAACCUUUUUGAGUAAAGUCACUCCUUCAGCUUUUCUCCUCAGAAAUCGUUUUUUCCUUCUCCUGUAUGAAACCCACCUGGAAAUUAUGCGAAGUAAAUACCAAAUUGAGAUGAAUAAAAACUUCUGUCGCAAUUUGAAUCUUGAGAAUUUAGACGGCAUGAUGAAACAGGGGGAUCUUCCUCACCUUCUCCUCAAGUACGUGAUUUACAUGUUCGGCCUCAAUUCCUCCUUUAUGAGUGAGCACCUUGGGGUAGACAUUGGGCCUGGUACUGGUAGCGAGUACAUGGGGGAUAGUAACUCCUCUAAUGGGGAUGGAGACUUUGGUGAGGUUGACCCCAGUUGGGGUGCACAUGAUCUGAGCGUGAUAUAUGAAAUGGCUAGGAACUUCAUCAAAAGGCCGCUUGUCCACACAGAAAUUUUUUUUCCUUCGAAUAAGGCAUCUCCAAGUGGGAUAAAUAAUACACAGGAUGAAAAAGUAAAGGGUGCCUUCAGACAAAUUCACUCCUACUUCUCUAGCAUAUUCAACAGUGAUGAAAUUUCAGGAUAUAUUUUAAAAAAGUUCGAAAGGUUGGAGGAAUUUGGAUCCUCUGGUUGUUAUCAUGGGCACUACUGUUCCAUGGAGAAUCGUGUAUACUCCAAGGAUGUGAUAAAGAGAUCGGUUUUUUACAACUUAAACGAUAUGGAAGAUGAAUUUGACAUGAUAAAUGAAGCGAACGUAUCAUCAGUUGGUUCUUGUUCAUCUUCCUUGUAUGCUUACGCGUCUUCCUCUUCUUCCACGUCGUCAUCCUUUUCUUCUUCUUUUUCUUUCCCUCUGAAAUUUCCAUUCUAUCUGCUAAACAAUGCACUCAUCACGAACUCACUCUCCGAGGCCUACAAAUAUAUGCUAUACAAAACACAGCAGAAUCAGAUUUUCAAAUUGUAUUCCAUAUCCAAGGGCACGAAUAUGAGCCUCCUGGAGACAGUUUUCCUACAGCUCAUUUUGAAUUUUGGGAUGACUCCCUACAACAAAUUGAAAGGAACAAUGAUAAACUCCUUUUGCAGGAAGAAGGGGAGGUUAAAACAGAAUGGGGCUUUGAGUAAUGCUCACGCAGGACAAUUCCAAUACAGGAAAGGGAGCCUAAGCAGAAAUGAACAUAUCCUUUAUGUGUCAAACGGAGAGCACCUGCAAGGUGGACUGACCAUUUCUUGCUCUUUGAUGGAGCAUAACCAUGAGUAUUAUACACAUGACAAGACGCCUACUGAAUGGUGGAACAGUUAUUCCUCUUCCUAUAACAAUACCCAAAAUCAGGAGAGGAAUCACCGAGUAUACACCUGCGACUUACUAAAUGGACAAAGAAAAAAAAUUUCAUGCUUUGAAGUGAAACACAUAGAAUAUAUUCCUAACGGAAUACCUUUCUGGAGUGAAGUAACAGAAAAGAAAAAUAUCAAGUCAAACUACCAACUGUAUGAACAUUUUUUUCAAGGCGUGAAAGGGGUGGAUAGGAGGAAGAGGAAUUUCCCUAAGGAUAAUUCAAAUGGGAUGAGCUCGAGGGAAGACAUCUACUGCAGCGAAGAUAAAACUGGAUACUUCAUCAUUGACCAGUCUGUCGUUCACCCUAGCGAAGGAAUGGAUACAGAUGAAGCACUUAUCGGACCAAUGCUCUCCAAAAGUGCAGCUAGCCAAAAAGAAAUUCUCUUCGAAAAAGAGUCCAUGGAACAGUACAACAUGAUUCUAAGUUGGUUACACAGAUCCCAGGAGAAAAAAAAUUGGAACCGAGAAAAGGUGAGGAAAAUAGAAAGGGAUAUUUCUGGUCUGAGGUGGAGGGCCAAAUUAUACGAACAAAAUAUUUCCUACGUGAAGAACAAAAUGGCACAGAUGAGCCGUCCACCUGGGGAGGGAAGCCAUCGCCUAAGUGACCUGCAAAAAAAAUAUCAAAGCGAAGUUUCAAAUGCCGCACAGGAAAAGUAUAACUCAUUGAUGGACAUUUAUAAAGACAUCGUGGAAAUGUUCCGAAAAACGGAAAAAAAUCUAACAAAAUUGAAAAACCAAAACAAAAGGGAAGAAGAAAAAGAAGAAACAGAGAAAGAACCCAAUGUGGAAUACUACGGGUUAAGCAAGUACGCCUUCUUGAGAAAAUACCAAGUGGAGAACCUUAACAUGUACACCAUGUACAAUGAACAAAUUAUCAAAUACUUCCAAAAGCAAAACAGAUGUUGUGAUGCGUACAUAGAGGAAAUGAAAAUCCACCUUGAGUUUCUCCCUCAAGUUUGUUGCUCCAAUGGAAGCAAAAGAGACAAGGAUAAUAUACUCAAGAAUAUAUAUAUCAGUAUCAGCGAUCUGAUGACCGACCUUAUACGAUGCGAAAAUAACACCAAUAGGUUGAUUAGGGAUUUUAAAAAAGUAAAAGACACCCUACAUAUAAUCAACACUGUUAAUGCAAACCUACACAAAAAGCAAAGGACGUUCCACCUCAGUACCAAAUAUUUUUACAGAGAGAAAAAAGAGGAGAAUAUUUAUUUCUUCACAGAUAAAAUGGAAAAUAUAAAAACUUACAAAAUUUACCAACAACUUAUAGACAGAGUAAAUGAAGAUCUGAUAUUCGUCAUGCACACCAUGGUGAACAAAAUUGAUGAACGCCAGCAACUUCUACAGCAAGUGGAACAGAAAGUGCCUACUCUGGUGAACAUAAAAAGGAUUCUCACAGAAGACAACGACGUGGCGUCUAUUAAUGUUGAAACGUUAUUUGCAAACUUCUUUCAUGAAAAUAUGCUAAAUUACGAUAAAGUGAAAAUAUUGAGGAAAAUUCUUAAAAAGAGAAUUUCCGUUUAUAAAAAUGUCUUGAAUAACAUCAGGUAUUCCUUUGAGCAUGAACCUCAGGUCAGCAACGAUAGUAUGGCACUGUUCUACAAUUUUGUGGAUUACGACAGUGAGAAAGAUACGGACGCGGCGCAAUUUGCGGAUGCGCUGUUGGCAUAUAACGAAGGGGGAGGAAUUAUUUUGCCUGAACAAGAGGAGGACGCGAAGAACAGGAAUCGCAGACCCCUGACAAAGUACCAGGAAAUCUGGAGGAACCUAAACGAGCUCAAGGGGGAAGAUGGGAGGAAUGUCAAGGAAAAAUAUGACGACGAAGGUGAUGAUGAUGAUGAUGAUAGGGAUAUUUACGAAGAUUGGGGAGAGGAGGACUGGGCCGAAGAUAGCCUGAAGGCCGUAGCAGAUCGUGUGAAAAAUAACUGCAGAAAUAGGAAGUGCCCACCAAACUCCUUCUGCUUCAUUGAAACGUUUAAUGAAGAAUGCUUGUGUUUCCUUAACUAUAACAUGGUGGGAGGAAAGUGCAUUUUAAACGAAGAGAAUUCGUGCACGGUGAAAAACGGGGGAUGCGAUUUGAAGGCAACAUGUGAAUUGAAAAAAAAUAGGGUAAAUUGCAUUUGUCCCAAGGGCACUAAGCCUAUAUAUGAGGGGGUCGUGUGCAGCUUUUCUUUUGUCUCUUCAUUUUCACAGAUCCUCCUUUUGCUCGCCAUGAUGGCGUUUGUUAUUGCGUAG